AUGAUAAACCUUGAUGAAUGCACAAAAGUAAGGCAGAUGCCGGAACGACCAAAAGAUAAGUUGGGAGGCGUUAAAAAAGAAUGGCGAAGGUUAUUAUGGCUCAAGCAACCAUAUGCGGAUACUUACACAGACCCGAAGUUUUUAGAGGUGCUAGAUGAGAUUAAGAAAGGGCCGCAAAGUAAGCAAGAAUGCUCGAACUAUAGCGACGUGGUAAUAGAUUUCUUGACUUUUCAUCACACGUUAGCUAACAGUUCACUAGUGUACAUUAUAUUUGCGUUAGUGUAUCGCUUCCACUAUUCGUUAAUAACUCUUGCUGCCUUUACUACUAUUCUGUCGUCAUGGUCACGUCUAUUUUGGGCCCAUUUCAAGUCAUCGAUGAUUAUUAUAUUCACGAUGCUUACGCUUUCUCCAGUGUUGAAGACACUAUCGAAAUCGACAUCGUCAGACUCUAUAUGGACACUAUCUUGUUGGCUAACAAUAUUUUAUGUGUUAAGCCUGUCGUGGUCGAAAACUUCGAUCUUGCCAACGAACAUCCUUUUAUCCAAUGUCACUGUAUUGGCAUCACGAUUGAACACUACAACUGAGGUAUUUUGUUUCCUCCUCAUCUGCAUUGAGCUAAAUAUCCUUCUUCCAAACUAUGAACGCAAACUUAGAUCUGGGAGAUACCUUCUCUCUUAUGGCGGUAUAUUUGUGACAACACACAUUAUCGUAUACACGUUUGUCACAAGAGCAUUAGGCUGGCAUUAUGCUGUACCGCUCGCAGCAUUAUCUAUGACAUUCCUAUUUAUAGUACCGUGGUACUUUAUAUAUUGGGAGCGGAAUUACUACAAGGGACACAAGCUUCUUUCUACCUGGGAUGCCAAGUUUCCCAUCCUCGAUUAG